CGGGGCUCUUGUUGUCGUCCGGCGCCUGAGGAGACGGGUCGGUGGCCGCCGCUAGCCAGGGGAGUGCGGGCUCUGUCGGUCAGUCGCUCCGCCCCGGUUAGCCGGGGACAUGUCGAGGCGGGCGGAGGCCUGGCGGGCCGCGGCGAGGAGUCGGACGGCGGCCGAGGCGGAGGCGCCCUGCUCGAGCUUUCCCCGCCCGCUGUGCCGCCUACAGGCGCCCAGGGAGUGAGGGAGCCGCCGCCGCGGGGAGACCGGCCGGGACUGAGCCAGGGAGACGCGAGCAGUACCAGCUUUGCAGCAGCUGUGGCACUGGGAGUCGCUCUGGAGCCGAAGGUGGGACAAUGAAGCUGUUAGAGAACUCAAGUUUUGAAGCAAUAAACUCUCAGCUGACAGUGGAGACGGGAGAUGCUCACAUCAUUGGCAGGAUCGAGAGUUACUCAUGUAAGAUGGCUGGCGAUGACAAGCACAUGUUCAAGCAGUUCUGCCAGGAGGGCCAGCCACACGUUCUUGAAGCCCUGUCACCCCCUCAGACUACGGGGAUCAGCCCCAGCAGGCUCAGUAAAAGUCAGAGUGGAGACGAGGAGGGGCCCCUGAGUGACAAGUGCAGCCGCAAGACCCUCUUCUACCUGAUCGCUACCCUCAACGAGUCCUUCCGGCCCGACUACGACUUCAGUGCUGCCAAGAGCCACGAGUUCAGCAGGGAGCCAAGCCUCAACUGGGUGGUGAAUGCUGUGAAUUGUAGCUUGUUCUCAGCGGUCCGGGAGGACUUCAAAGCCCUGAAGCCUCACUUGUGGGAUGCUGUGGAUGAGGAGAUCUGUCUCUCGGAGUGUGACAUCUACAGCUACAACCCAGACCUGGACUCGGACCCGUUCGGCGAGGAGGGCAGCCUCUGGUCCUUCAACUACUUCUUCUACAAUAAGAGGCUGAAGAGGAUUGUCUUCUUCACCUGCCGCUCCAUCAGUGGGUCCACGUACCCUCGCUCGGAGUCAGGGAAUGAGCUGGACAUGGAUCUCGGUGAAGAAGACCAGGAGGGGAGCAUGGAUGCCUAUGACAAGGAAAGCAGCAAUAUCGAGGAGGACAGGGUGCAGGUUAUCUGCAUGUGAGUGUCCAGAUGAGCUCCAAGAAGUACUCAGCCCUGCUGAGCCAGUCUCCAGUCCAUCAGCAUCGAGGAUGGGCCAGCCCUGGCUGUUAUGUGAACUACCCCUUGCACAGAGCCUGCAGCACUGCUCUGCUCUUUGGCGCCGGGGGCUCCGGAGUGCCCCAGCACCUGCCCCACAGCCCUGCAUGUGGAAAGCCGCUGGUGCCUCUGGGCUGCAGAUGUCCUCCAGCUGCAGGUGCUGCCCAAAAGCCCGUUGCCUCCAGACACGUGCUGCGUGAUUGGUCAGCAGAGGCCACGCUCUCACUGCCGGCCUGGGCUCCGGCUCGCCAGACGCUUGUGCAGGGCCUUUGAGAUGCUUCAAUGCACUUUAGGAAUUGAUCUGCUGGCUGCACUGAUGUCCUGUCCUGUUGGCUCUGAAGCAGGGCAGGCUGCUCCUCGGGCACUUCCCUUUACCAAUGGCGACCCAGCAAACUCCGUCCGGCCAUAGCAGCAGCAGGGCGCAGGGCAGGGCAUCCUCACCUCCUGGAUCUCCUCGUUCAGAACUGUUGAUGACCCGCCCCUCCCCCCACGUCACUGGCCUGCUCCCUGUUUUGGGGGCGUUGCUUGGCUCCUGCUCACCUCACAGACUCAGUUUGCUCUUUUCCAAGGCUGUAGCAGGCGCCUUGCAGCCCCAUGCUGAGUGCUGCUCCCCUGUGCAAACGAACUGGCUGGGAGCUGGAGCUGAGGCCAGCGGGGCUGGUUGGUUGGUUUGUUUUUAAACCACAGAUGACUUUUGGCAUCAGCCUGGCAAGAAUGCGCAUGGGGUGGGUGGCGAUGGCUGCUGGGAGCCUGCUCCACUCUCCAGGAGGGCUGCAGAGCCUCUUUCCCUAGGCUCGUCUUGGGAGCUCAGCCCUGUUGACUCUGACUCAUGCUCCGGUUUAACUGCAUCCUCCCCUCUGUCUCCCUUGGCCAGUUCCCUAGCACUGGCCCUCCUAGUGCAGGCUGCUGGGCCUGGUGCCAGGCUCCCCCCUGCCCCCAGGGAUGAGUACACGCUGUCCCCGGGCCAAAGCAGGACGGGGGUGCAGAGCAGCCGGCUCUUCAUGGGCACUGGAGCACAUGGGAGGGCUGUGGGGAGGACCUGGCACUAGCAUGGGGUCUGCAGAGGGCAGCAGCACCAGGCCCAGGUCCCUGCAGCUCCUCCUCUGGCCUCCUCUCCCCCCCCCCCCCCCGGGAUGUUGCACCAGGAUAGCUGCAAACCCCUAGUGGAGAUGUGCUGGCAGAGGGUCUGGGCCCAACUUCUCUGCUGCGGAGGCACGGUGGGGAGGGGCCAGCCCAGCGCAGUCAGGGCCCCUAGAUCUCAGCCAGCCGGGGAGGGCUCCAGGAGCUUUCCCGUGGAGCUGUGCCCUGCCAGCCUCAGACCUGCAGAGGGAGCUGUAGCGGCCCCUGGUUCUGCUGCUGGCCCAUGCACCAGCCUCAUCCACCGGAGCUCGCUCGUCACCCAGCCCUCUUCACUGCCGGAAUCUGCCCCAGGAACGGCGUUGGGGUGAGCCAUAGCUUUCCCUACAGCUAGAGAACCCUGCCUGCCCAGCCAAGGGGCUGCCAGCUGCCCCCAGAGCCUCCCCUUCACCCAUCCUCCGUGGGCAUUUCUCAACGGUCAGCUCAGCACAUCUGCCCAGAUCAGUGCUUUAAGGGCCAGCAGGUCCCCCUACAUCACUGCUGGCAAGAGCUGUCUUGGCAGGAUCCAUCUGCCUCCUUGAGCCGGCAGGGUGUGCCUGGGGGCCUUGCUGGCCAGUGGAGGAUGGGGGGAGGGGAACCUUAUGUCAAAGCGUCCCGUUUUACCCACCUGUAGCCUAAGGAGGCCGUUCUCCCUAGCGCUGGGAGCCAUGGCUGUAACCAUGUGCAUUGACCAUCCCUGCUAGGGCGCCACAGCCUCAGCUCGGCUCUGGCUCGAGCUCGCACCAUUUGGGGGCUCGUGGAAGAGCCGGGCUUGCCUCUGAGCCGUGCCAUGGCUGGCCAUCAGGGUGAAGGGCAGUUCAGACUCCUGCCAUAUGCUCAGCAUGGCCUGCAUGGGUGUCUCUGCAGGGGUGCCCGGGCAGAGGGCUGGUGAGCACAGCAAGCUCCACAGCGUCACUCAGUCUGGGCAAAUAUGACCCGUAGCCAUGGCUGAGAGGGGGCCCUGGCCAGGAACCAUGGGACCAGAUCCCAGCCUGGCUACCGAGAACCUGGCAUUCCCGCGCCUGCCUUCGCCCCUCUGUUCACUGGCCCAAGUGGUGCAUAGCUGGCCUCUUGGCAGGGCGCCCCUGCUCCAAGGGGAGGGCGCAGCUGCUGUCCCCCUGCGCUGCUUCAAGAGCUUGUGCCUCUAGUGUCCUGCACACGGGGGAAGGGAGCUGGGGCCAGUUUCAUGUUCAAGUCCCUGUGAGGUUUGACUUUACUGCAUAGCAAUGUAUCGUUACACCAAUAAAGUUUAUCUGUGACUGA